CAAUACGAUAGCACAAUAGCAUGUGGUAAAUGUGUAUACACUUUUGAUUAUAUACCGUAAGUAUCUGAUGUUCUUCCUCAAGUGCUGAUCAUCAUGAACAUAAACUUGGAAGAAAAUACAAGGUUUAGUAAUCAAAUAACUCAACAUUCUAUUCAACAUUGGUCACCUAAAAGCAAACGUAUAAAAGUAAAUAGUGAUUACAAGAAUCAACUGAAUGAUACAACGAAAAAUGGAACUUUAGAUGAAAACAUUUGGCCAUAUCAUGGAGACUUGAAUUUUGUUGAGCCAGACGUUAUGGUAGAUUUGGGGGUCGGUAUGUUGGAAGAUGGAGAACAUAGCUGUGAUAGUUUAAUUAAAUCACAAACACAAUCGAGAAGUAUAUCCCCUUGUAUUUCAAAGUCGAAUGAGGAUUCAUCUAACAGUGAAUAUAUUUCGAAUGAAAUCGUGUCAAUAAAUGAGAAAUCUACUUCUGAACCAUGGGGACUAAAUAACAUCGUUAAUGAAUCUGGAUACGGAUCCCACAUGGAGAGUGAAAAAUUUACAGAUAAACAAAAUUCGAUUGAUUUAAAUUCACAGUCUUUGAAUGAUAUAAGCCAAUUCUGUUUGUAUCGAAGAAAAAAGCGUGGUUCUUUGAUCGAAGAAAAUAAGUUUAAUAAACUGUCUGAUGAAAUUAUAUUGAUGAUAUUGAAAUGGCUUCCAAAAAAAUGGCUUGUUCAAUCUAUGUUAGUUUGUAAAAGAUGGUGUGAAAUAGCUCGUGAUGAAGCAUUAUGGAAUCGAUUAGACCUUGGUAGUAAAGUAUUAAAUCCGGGUACACUAAACCAUAUUCUACCUCGUGGAGUUCAAGUGCUUAGAUUAGCUCAAGCUGAACUUGCUGAUCCUGUUUUUCUGACAGGCAAUGAUGCACUUGCUGAUAAUUAUCAUAGUAAAUUACAGUAUUUAGAUCUAUCAAUGGCAGUAAUAUCUUCAACAAGCUUAGCAGAACUCCUAUUCAAAUGUAAGAAAUUGAAAAAAUUAUCACUGGAAAAAGGAAAUUUAAAUGAAGAAUGUUGUAAGGCCAUAAGUGAAAAUACUGAACUAACAGUUCUCAAUUUAACUAUGUGUGAAGGAAUUAAUGUUCACGGAAUUCAACAUUUAAUGAAGCUGACAAAACUAACCACAUUUAAUAUUUCGUGGUGUUCUUUGGAUUCUCGAUCAAUUUCAUUAAUAUGCAAAUUAUUAUCUCGAUCUAUAACUAGACUGAAUAUUGCUGGAUGUCGAAAAACUAUUACCGAUGAAGAUGUCCAAGAAUUAGUUACUUCUUGCCCAAAUCUAAUUGAACUUGAUUUAAGUGAUUGUACUUUAUUAACAAUGAAUUCAAUUCAGAGUAUUUUAAAUCUCAAAAAACUGGAACAUCUGUCAUUAAAUCGGUGUUAUAGCAUCCCACCCUCGACAUAUUUAAGAUUAGCAUACAUGCCUUCUCUAAUGUUUCUGGAUGUGUUUGGUUUGAUGACUGAACCGAUGUUAAAAACUCUUCAGACUAAUUCAAAAGGAACAGAAAUAAAUAAAUUUUUAUACAGUUCAGUAGCAAGACCUACAGUGGGAGUACGAAGAACAAGCAUUUGGGGAUUACGCGUAAGAGAUUGAUGUUUGGUUUGAAAAAAAUUUUAAAAUAUAAAAUUAUAAACAGAAAACUAGAGAUAUUUGAAUUGUACGUUCACUUCAAAAUGAAAAAUGUUGGAAUUAAGACUGAAAAUUUAUGUAAGCAAAUUAAUGAGUAUAUUUUUUCAAAAUUCCUUAAAAUGGAAUUUUGGCAAUAUAGUAAUAAAACGUCAAGUACAGAAUAAUUCUAAUAAUUAAUUAAAUUUUUAUAAGAAUACAAACUAAAAAUUGAAGUAAAAUAUUCGAUUAUAUACAACUAAACUUUCAAAAUACUCAUUACAACGUAGAGAUAGAAAUCAUAAUAUUAAAUUAUGUUAAACGGUGUGGAGACCAACAUUUUUCAGCAAAUAAUGGGUACAUUUAGCAAAUAAAAGCUUUUAUCAUAAUCACGUAAAUAUUAACAUGUAUUUUUUAAUCAAUUUAGCACUACAAAGAGCUUUUAUUAACUAAAUAUAUUCAUUGAUACGUUUUAUUCAAAAUAUUUAAAAUUAAUUGAUGUUAAACUUGAAAAUCUAUAGUUACCGGGACCUUAUAAAUCUGUUAUAAUUUUCCAUAAUAAUAAAUCACACUUUCUUGUUUGUACAAAUUCCUUCAAAGAUUAUUCUUAGGGCUUUAGGUAAUUCUAGUAUAUCAUAUUUUUACAAAUAUCA